UUUGGGGAACCACAGUCGGCCUGCAGUGCCGUUGUGCUCCACUAAGCAACCGCGAGCACUAGUCGGAUCCGCGUUCUGCGCCAGCCUCCCUCCGCUCUGAGCUCCGGCCAUGACCUCUGUGCGAACGCCGAGGAUCCACCACGCCCUCCGGCCGUCUCCGUGCUCGGCGCGCAUUGCCGCCGGCGCCUUAUAUUUCCUCCACCAGUGCUCCUAGAUCUGCCCCUGCUUCCAGAUCCACUAUUCCACUGGGUAUCCUGAGGUCGAGCACUCGAGCCCCUCGUUUUUAAGCUAAGGGCCAGCUUCUGCGUCUGCACUCCAUGGAGCAUUAGGACAGUUCCACACCUCCACUUUCCACCACGAUUGCAGCAUUGCAAAACCACCCCAAAGAAAGAGGGAGUAAUGGAGGCGGCGGUGGUGAGUGUUGGCAAAGCAGCCUUGAAUGGCCUACUAAGCGGGGCCAAGUCCACCAUCGCCGAGGAGUCUUCAUUGACGCAGGCCGUGCAGCGUGAUAUGGUUUUCCUUGCAGACGAGCUGGAAGAGAUGCAUUCUAUUCUGAGGGACGUGGUUCAGCAGCGGGACUAUCACAAGGUACCUAGGAGCAGGGUUAAGCAACUCCGCAGUCUUGCUCACGAUGUGGAAGAUUGCCUCCAAGAGUACUCUGUUCAUCUGGAGAAACCAUCUGGGUGGCGCCUCGCACGGACGGUGCUAGAGCGGCACCGUAUCGCUGCGGAGAUGAAGGGGCUGAGAGCCAGGGUGGAGGACAUGAACCAGAGGAACUUGCAUCACCAGCUCAUGCACAACGCUGGCUCCAAGCCUGCAGUAUGGGGAACAAGUGGCUGUCUUGGGCAACAAGCUUCAUCGUCAAGCAUUAUUCCUAGUGCAACAAUGUUUGGCAUUGCGGAAGCUAGAAGGCAAAAGGACAAAGCAAAAGUGGAUCUUUCCUGGCUGAUUAAUGAGGGGAAUGAGGACCUUAGAGUGAUUGCUGUGUGGGGAACAAAAGGUGUUCUUGGUCAAUCCGUUCUCAUCAAUGGAGCAUACAAUGAUCUGAAAAGAAGCAAGAAGUUUGAACUCUAUGCUUGGAUCAGGAUUGUGCAUCCUUUCAACCCAUUGGAGUUCCUUCACUGUGUUAUGAGGCAAUUCUAUUCAACUUCUUUUGAACAAGCAAGGAAGACACAAGAGAAGGCAAACAUUGGGUCGCAGGUUCUUAAGAAAAUGAGUAUGAUGGAGCAACAUGAUUUGGUUGAUCAAUUUUGUGAGCAUGUGAGUGAGAAAAGCUAUCUGAUUGUGCUUAAUGACAUGUCCACCAUUGAAGAUUGGCAUGCAAUUAAGGAAUAUUUUCCAGACAACAGGAAAGGAAGCCGAAUAAUUGUAUCCACAGAGCAUGGUGAAGUUGCAAGCCUAUGUACCGGGCAAGAAAGUAUAGUGGCAGAGCUCAACCAACCAUAUGUUGAUCAGAGUAUUUUUGCUUCACACGAUAAGGAUUCUCAAUUUCAAACUGCAUUAAUGGAGCCAAGUCAUACAACACUUGGUACCAACAAUUCUGUGGUGCCAACGGAUGAUAUUGUUGAAAAUCAAUUUGUAGACGAUAACGACAAUAUUGCUAGAAAAAGCCUCAGACGCCUGGGGACUAUGACAUGUGCUUUGGAUGAUCAGCUCGUGGUGGGUCGAGAAAAAGAGAAAUCUGAACUCAUCAGUUUAAUUUCAAAGGAAGAUGAUGAGCAAACCAUGGUGAUCUCAGUGUGGGGAAUGGGAGGUCUUGGGAAAACUACUCUAGUUAAAGAGGUCUACCAAAGCCAAGAGCUAAGUGACUUAUUUGAGAAGCGUGCUUGUGUCACAAUCAUUCGUCCGUUUGUUCUUGAUGAGGUCCUUAAGAGCUUAGCUAUGCAAUUACGUGGGGAAUCCUUUAACAGGAAGGACAAUAUUGAUUUUGGAAUAGGCAUAAGAAAAUUAACAGAAACCAAGCUAUUAACUGAAGAGUUGGGCCAUCUAACAAAGAGAAAGAGGUGUUUGAUUGUCCUUGAUGAUUUAUUUUCUGUUGUGGAAUGGGGCAUGAUAAUACAAAGUCUCCCCAAAAUGGAGAAUGCCAGCCGAAUUUUGAUCACUACAAGAGAAAGAAAUAUUGCAAAGCAUUGUUCAAGAAAUGAAGAAAGUAUAUACAACCUCCAAGUUCUCAAUCCUUGGGACUCACUUGACCUCUUCACUAGAAAGGUAUUUAAGGAGGUCAUAGAUCUAGAUGAGUAUCCCGCACUGAUUCAAGAGGCCAAAACGAUCCUAAAAAGGUGCAGUGGACUUCCCCUUGCAAUAGUCAACAUAGGUGGCUUCUUGGCAAACCAACCAAAGACUCCUAUUGUGUGGAGAAAAAUGAAUGAGCAUAUUAGCGCUGAGUUGGAGAUGAAUCCAGAGCUUGGGAUAAUAAGAGCUAUCCUUAUGAAAACCUAUGAUGGUUUACCAUAUCAUCUCAAGUAUUGUUUCUUGUAUAUGUCCAUCUUUCCUGAAGACUACACUAUUAGCCGAAGACGCUUGGUGCAUCGAUGGAAAGCAGAGGGUUACUCAAGUGAUGAAGUACGUGGCAAGUCUAUGGGGGAAAUAGUUGAUGCCUAUUUCAUGGAACUUAUUGAGCGGAGCAUGGUUCUACCAUCCAAAGAAUCAAUUGGUAGUAGAAAAGGUAUUUCCUCUUGCAAACUCCAUGAUCUCAUGCGUGAAAUCAGCAUCUCAAAGGCAAUGGAAGAGAAUCUUGUGUUCAGAAUGGAAGAAGGAUGCUCCUUAUAUACCCAAGGCACCAUGCGUCAUCUUGCUAUAAGCAACAACUGGGAGGGUAAUCAGAAUGAGUUUGAGUGCACAGUGGACUUAUCUCGUAUAAGGUCAUUAACGGUGUUUGGAAAGUGGAAGCCGUUUUAUAUUUCUGAUAAGAUGAAAUUGCUACGUGUGCUGGACUUGGAAAGCACCUCCGGUCUUGUGGAUCAUCACAUUGAACCAAUUGGGAAGCUCCUUCACCUUAAAUACCUUUCUUUAAGGGAAUGUGAUGGUAUAUUUCACUUGCCAGAGUCACUUGGUAAUCUGGAGCAACUGGAAACCCUAGAUGUUACUAAUACACGAAUAAUGAAGUUGCCGCAGACCAUCACCAAGCUCAGGAAACUACAGCAUAUACAUGCAGGGAAUGUAAAGCGGAACAAGCUAUGCAUAUGGACUUCAAUUUUGAUUGUAUUUUGUAUUUCAAGUUGCAGCCUUGAGUUUGCGAAAUCUGUAAUGGACAGGGAGCAUGAGGACCCACCAAAUAGGCGUGACGUGUGCACGUUCUUUUGCUGUGCAGUGUUUCCCUUUUUUGCAAGGCUUGCAGAUCCACUUGGUGUUGCAGUGCCAAGAGGGCUCAGGAAGCUGAUAGCCCUGCACACACUGGGUAUGGUGAACAUCGCACCGGGGAAGGCCAUCCUAAAGGAAAUUAAAAUGCUCACCCGGCUACGAAAGCUAGCAGUGACAGGAAUCAACAAGAAAAAUUGCCAAGAGUUUUGUUCCACCAUUGCCUGUCUCAGCUCCCUGGAAUCACUGUCAGUGCACUCAGAGUUGGUGGAAGAUCUGCGUGACUGCUUGGAUAGCCUGCGUACUCCUCCCAAAAACCUCCAGAGCCUCAAGCUGUAUGGCACUCUGGGCAAAUUGCCUGAAUGGGUCGCGGGUCUCCAGAAUCUUGUGAAGCUGAAGCUGGAACACACUGAGCUAACAGAGCUGGAUGGCACCAUGCAAGUCCUUGGCAAGCUACCAAAUCUGGCCAUCCUUCGUCUACUGAUGUACUCUUUCAAGGAAGAAGAGGACCGUCAUUUCACUUCGCGUAGGGAGGCAUUCCCAUGUUUGACAGCUCUAGAGCUGUGCUACCCCAUAGGGCCGGUGCUAUUUGAAGAAGGAACAGCAACUAAGCUUGAGAUACUGCUUUGCCAAGACGCGAUCGCAUUUUCUGGGCUGUCAUCUCUCCUGAGCCUCAAGGAAGUUGUGCUUGAUCGUUGGUAUGAUCCUCGAGUAGAGUGGGUGGAAGACAUGAGAGCCCAGCUUAGCAGGAAUCCAAACAAACCAGUUGUGAAGUUUAUUAACUGAGCUCAAGCUCCGUCAUCCAUUUAAGGAGCAGCGAUGCCCUCGUGUGAUGAGUUUGUGGAGCAGCUACUACAAUGCAUCCAUGGAGUUUGAAGAAGGAACAUUGCCUAAGCUUGAGCUGUUGCUUGCCAGGGGCCAAAUCUCUUUUAUCUGGGCUAUCAUGUCUCCCUGAGCCUCAAGCAAGUUUUGUUUCAUAUAUAUGAAUGCAGAGUUGGUGGGUGACAUGCAGCCCCAACUCAGCAUGUAGUUAGUCUGCCGGUCCUCUGCUUUCUGCUCCCUUUCAGCACCAUUUUAUACAAUUUUCAUGUAUGCGUGUUAAAUUCAAAUUGUAUAGUUUUACCACUAGUGGCCUGUGUUUGAUCUGACGGUACUGAUUGGAGGAGUCUGCCGUUGGGCAAACCAGUCCAUCUCAAUGUUGUAUUAAUUUCCUGUGUUUAUGUACGUGGAUCAGAAUAGCUGGUGUGCAUUACUCUGCACUGUGCUACUGCUGCCAGAUGUUAUAUUCAAAGGCUCCAGAA